AUGUUCAAGGUUCAGAUGAAGACCAACGGAGCUAUCCUUGAGUCUGAAGUUUCUCAUAAUUGGGCUCUCUCCAAGUAUUUCACUGUUCCUCGCGUCACUGAGUCGUGAGUAGGUGCUUCAUAAGACUUCUGGCGUUCAAUCAUAUACGUGUAGGCCAAGUAUAGAUGUGCCUAGUCUUUGUGCACUCAGCACUACCCAUUCCUCAAGGCGCCUGGGUUGGGCGGUGCGCGGGGCCGAACCAUGGUCCUUUAGAAUAGCGAGCGGCGCCACAGCCACUGCGCUACCAACGCCUCAACAAUCAACAAAUUUGAAGUUUUCGAGUUUUUGUUAUGCAAAAGUUCAACCGUAUUGUAUUUUAAAAAAUAAAUUUUCUGAAAAGAAGAAAAAUGAAAUAGUGCGUAUUUUACAACAAACUAGCUAUAUAAUUAUAGAGAACAUGUAAUAGAAUAUAGUAAAAAGUUACUUUUUAUUUUUUGAAUUUUUUUUGAGAAUUUCCAUUUUUUUUGGUACUAUUUAAUUACUAUCGUUACGUUUUUUCAGGUUCGUCCAGCACAUCGUUCCAAAAGUCAACCUAACUUUGGUGGAUAUGUUCGGCCAGGGAUUUCUGCAACUUUGCAUAGUUUUAUGGUAAGUUUUAUAAUAUGUAUUUUUUAUAGGCAUCUUUUAAUUUAAAAAAAGCUUUCAAACUUCAAAAAAUUUUUAUUCAAUAUCUUAUGACAUUCCAAGAAAUAGGGAUCUCAUAAGUAGUCCUUACCACGACAUUUGAAACGGGAAGAAUGAUUUUGGUUAUAUAUUACUUGGCCAUAUGGCCAAAAACACUCUAUUUAUACUUUUUCGCAGCAUCAAGAAAUGCGAAACCUUUUGGUUUUGCAUAACUUAGAGUUUUGCUGGUGGAAAUUAAGUGUUUGAAAGAAGCGGAAAAGGGUGUAGAGAAGAAGCGAGGGAGGGCUGUUUUAAUUUUUUUAUGUAAAAUACGAAGUAAUACUUAAUUUUUAAGGCUUAAAACAACGUUUUUUCUAUGUGAUAUUGGUACUACAAAGAGUCUUUGUAAAAUUUAUGAUGAGUUUUUGAGAGUGGCAGUUUGAGUACUGUCAUUGUUACCCAAAUACUAAAAUACACAUUUUCAGUCAGCGAAUACAACGAAAACAGUGUCGCGCGACCCGCAGCGAAUGGCCAUUUCCUCCUCGCGCUCCACAAAUCAUCUGGCCAUCGGAAAGAAAAAGGUGA